UAUGAGCAACCAGAAACGGCAAGAGGGAGAAAGGAUGUUGAGAAUGAUUUUUCGACAAGAUCCAUAUAUCCUGUAGAUUUUUUACUUCGUCAAGGAUCAAGGGACGUAAAUAAAAAGGAUCACGGAGUGUCGUUAAAAAAGGAAGAAGAUCGAAUUUUGCCAAAAAUUCAAAUAAAGUCAAAUAAGAGCAGCCUGAUGUGUCUUCGAAAAGAUCAGAGUGAUCUAAGGAUAUUAUCAGUUUUUGAUAUCCUGGAAAAUAUUGGGCAACGCUAUAAUAAUUUAUUGAGACAAAAUCUUUGUAAAUCCUUAUCCACCAUGUUGAGAAGCUGCUCGAGAUUUUUGGAAGAUCUUGCUCGGCAUUUUUCAGAAACUGAUCUUGCUGUUGGGUCCAGUUCAACCAGACAGAGUAAUCUUGGAAAUAUUAUCAAGGGAUCUUCGAACUUCGGGAAUGAUAAAGGAUCAAGGAGCAGCCUGGGUGGUUCGAAGGAUAAUCAUGCUUUUGAAUGGCUCUCAAAAUGGACCACAGACGGGAUACGUGAUCUGUCGAAAAAAGUGGAACGCGUCAUAACGUCCCUGGAGGACAGAUUACGCAGAUAAUAUAAUUUAAAAAAUUUUGAACGAAACGAGCCAAAAUUAUAAAAAUUUUUCGAAUGACCUUGCGUAUCCGUGUG